AUGGCCGCCCCCAACGUCGACAAUGGCGUGUCCAAGGACAUCACCAACGACCACCUCGACCAGAUCGAGAGCCAGAAGGAGGGCUUCAUCGAGGAGACGGCGCGCGUCGUCGACCACCCUGCCGAGCGAGCGUUGUGCUUCAAGUUUGACAUUCGCAUCCUGCCUGUGCUGGCCAUCAUGUACCUCUUCAACGCCCUCGACAAGGGAAACUUGGGUAACGCCCAGACCAAGGGCCUCAGCGACGACCUCCACUUCAAGUCGAACCAGUACAACCUCGUCGUCUCCAUCUUCUUCGUCCCCUACGUCAUCUUCGCGCCGCCCUUCGCCAUGCUGGCCAAGAAGUUCGGCGCCUCGCGCGCGCUGCCGCUCAUGAUGCUCACCUUUGGCGCCAUGACGCUCUGCACGGCGGCGACGCAAAACUUCAGCGGCAUCUUCGCCGUGCGCUGGUUCCUCGGCAUGGCCGAGUCCGCCUUCUUCCCGACCGUCAUCUACUACCUGACCACCUUCUACCGCCGCGGCGAGCUCGCCCGCCGCCUGGCCGUCUUCUACGCCGCGUCCAACAUCGCAAACGCCUUCUCCGGCCUGCUCGCCUUCGGCGUCUUCCACAUCAAGGACAGCAAGAUCUUCGUCUGGCGCUACCUCUUCAUCAUCGAGGGCGGCGUCACCUUCCUCUUCGCCAUCUUUGCCUACUUUUACCUCCCGCGCAGCGCCUCCGAGGCAAAGUUCCUCACCGAGGACGAGCGCUCGCUGGCCUUCCACCGCAUCCAGGUCGAUUCCUCGUCCGACGUGGCCGAGAAGUUCAGCUUCCGCGACGCCCUCAAGAUCUUCACAUACCCCUGGGCCUACGGCUUCCUCCUCAUCGAGAUCUGCCUCGGCGUCCCCAUCCAGUCCGUCGCCCUCUUUUUGCCCCAGAUCAUCGCCCGCCUGCAGUACUCGACCGUCAAGACGAACCUCUACACCGUCGCCCCCAACGUCACCGGCGCCGUCAUGCUGCUCGUCCUCGCCUUCUGCUCCGACUACACCCGCCUGCGCUUCCCCUUCAUCGUCCUCGGCUACGUCUUCACCUUCACCGGCUUCAUCAUCUACGCCGCCAUCGACGACGUCACCAGGCAGCUGCACGUCGCCUACUUCGCCACCUUCAUGAUGUGCUGGGGCACCUCGGCGCCCUCCGUCCUGCUCUCGACCUGGUACAACAACAACAUUGCCCACGAGGGCCGCCGCAUCACCCUCACCUCCGUCGGCGUGCCCCUCGCCAACGUCAUGGGCCUCGUCUCGAGCAACAUCUUCCGCACCCAGGACGCGCCCCGGUACGAGCCUGCGCUCAUCACCACGGCCUGCUUUGGCGCUGCUGGCGCGCUCAUCACCCUGUGCAUGGGCAUGUUUAUGAUUUGGGACAACAGGAGGCGCGACCGUCGCUCGGGCGUCAAGAUUGAUCCGAGGGACAUUCCUACCUCGCGUCUGAGGGACGGUCCUAGCUCCCCUGAGUUUAGGUGGUUCUUGUAA